AUGAAGAUCUUUUUCUUUUUCACCUUUUCCACUUUUUUAUUGUCUGCUUUUGAACAAGCAGCUGCUUCUGCUCACUAUGACAAGAUUUUAACUCACAGUCGAAUAAGGGCACGCGACCAGGGACCAAAUGUCUGUGCCCUUCAACAAGUUAUGGGAACAAAAAAGAAAUACUUCAGCACCUGCAGAAACUGGUACCAGGGAGCCAUCUGUGGAAAAAAAGCAACCAUCUUGUACGAGUGCUGUCCUGGUUAUAUGAAGAUGGAUGGUACAAGAGGGUGUCCUGCAGUUGCUCCUAUUGAUCAUGUAUAUGGCACUCUUGGUAUUGUGGGAGCUACGUCCACGCAGCAGUAUUCUGACAUAUCAAAGCUGAGAGAAGAAAUUGAGGGAAGAGGAUCAUUUACUUUCUUUGCACCAAGUAAUGAAGCCUGGGAUCAAUUAAAUUCAGAAAUUCACAGGAAUUUGGUUGACAAUGUAAAUAUUGAACUGUAUAAUGCUCUCCAUCACCACAUGGUAAACAAGCGUAUGUUGACAAAAGACCUGAAGAAUGGCAUGACUUUGGUGUCUAUGUACAAUGGACAGAAAUUGCUCAUUAACCAUUACCCUAAUGGGGUUGUUACUGUUAACUGUGCCAGAAUCAUCCAUGGCAACCAGAUUGCUACCAAUGGUGUUGUUCAUGUCAUUGAUCGUGUCCUGACCGCUGUUGGAAACACCAUUCAAGAUUUCAUUGAAGUUGAGGAUGAUCUUUCAUCUUUUAGAGCUGCUGCCAUUACAUCAGAUGUCUUGGAUACUCUUGGAAGGCCUGGUCAUUACACAGUCUUUGCUCCUACUAAUGAAGCUUUUGAGAAACUUCCAAGGGGAAUUUUAGAAAGGAUCAUGGGUGACAAGGUGGCUUCUGAAGCUCUUGUGAAGUUCCAUAUUUUAAAUACACUUCAGUGCUCUGAAGCCAUCACAGGUGGAGCUGUAUACGAAACCUUGGAAGGAAACACAGUUGAAAUUGGUUGUGAUGGUGAAAGUCUGACUGUGAAUGGAGUGAAGAUGGUGAAACGCAAAGAUAUUGUGACAAGCAAUGGUGUCAUCCAUCUCAUUGAUGAAGUGCUAAUUCCUGAUUCUGCCAAGCAAGUCUUUGAACUUGGGGGUGCCCAGCAGACUACUUUUACAGACCUGGUGGCACAGCUAGGACUGAGAUCUUCUUUAAGACCAGAAGGCCAAUACACUCUCCUGGCACCUCUGAAUGGUGCUUUCUCAGAUGACACCUUAAGGAUGGACCAACGUAUUCUUAGAACAAUCCUUCAGAAUCAUAUUAUAAAAGUGAAAGUUGGGCUCAAUGAACUCUACAAUGGACAAGAGCUGGAGACAAUUGGAGGAAAAACGCUUAGAGUCUUUGUGUAUCGCACAGCUGUGUGUAUUGAAAAUUCAUGCAUGGUCAGAGGAAGCAAAGAAGGAAGGAAUGGUUUUAUUCAUGUCUUUAGACAGAUCAUCAAUCCAGCCGAGAAGACUUUGCAUGAAAUGCUGAGAAAUGAUAAGCGUUUCAGCAUUUUCCUCAGUUUGGUGAAAGCUGCAGAUUUAGAUGAUGUUCUGUCCCGGCCUGGAGAGUGGACUUUGUUUGUUCCAACUAAUGACGCCUUUAAAGGUCUGACUGAUGACGAUAAGGAUGUAUUAAUAAGAGACAAAAAUGCCCUCAGGAAUAUUCUUCUUUACCACCUGAUACAAGGAGUUUUCAUUGGAAGUGGUUUUGAGCCUGGUGUGACAAACAUUCUUAAAACCAUUCAAGGAGGGAAACUCUAUUUGAAAACAGUGAAUGAUACUAUUCUGGUUAAUGAACUGAAGUCAAGAGAAUCUGAUCUCAUGGCAACCAAUGGUGUCAUUCAUGUUGUUGAUAAACUCCUAUACCCAGCAGAUCUGCCUGUGGGAAAUGAUCAGUUACUCACAAUUCUGAAGAAGUUGAUUAAAUACAUUCAAAUUAAGUUUGUUCGCGACAGUACCUUCAAAGAGAUUCCACUGACAUUUUACAAAAUUAACAUAAUUGAAAGCAAUGUCCAGCCCAUCAUCAGAAAAGAAGACCCAUCUAUCACACAGAUUACUAAAUUAAUUGAAGGGGAACCUGAGUUCAAAAUAGUCAGGGAAGGGGAGACAAUAACUAAAGUGAUUCAUGGAGAACCGAUUAUUAAAACAUACACUAAAAUCAUUGAUGGGCGACCUGUGGAAGUGACAGAGAAAAAGGUAACAGAAGAAAGAAUUAUUCAAGGUCCUGAAAUAAAAUAUACCAGAAUUACUGCAGGUGGUCCAGACAAUGAAGAGAAGUUAAAGAAAUUACUUGAGGAAGAGGUUACCAAGGUGACCAAAUUUAUUGAAGGUGAUGGUCAUUUACUUGAAGAUGAAGAAAUCAAAAGACUUCUUCAGGGAGCUGGAACUGAGUACACCAAGGUUACUAAAGUAAUUGAGGGAGAGCCACAGAUUAUCGAGAGAGAAAUCAAGAAAGUCCAUCUAGAAGGAGCACCUGCACGGAAAGCACAAGCAACCAGGAAGACACAAGGAGGAACAGCAAGAAGAAGGACAAGACUAGCUCAUUCCUAA